UGGUUUAGAAGGACCCAAUGACUCCUUGGUCCACUGGAAGGGCGAUGAAUGGCACCUUGCUCUGCUAACGGUCCCAGUCUAUGUACUGUGCAGAGCACAUCAGGUAAAUAAAUACUGAAUACAAAGGAGUAAACGGACAGGUUCCUUCAAAGCAAAGUUUAGGCCUUGUUCCAAUAUUCGUGUUGGUUUCACCGGCCACGAGUGCAAGCAGGAAACCUCGCGAGAGGUGGGGGCUGCUCCUUCCUUCAUUGGUCGCGGGCGGGCUUUAGGACCCAGUGUCUGGCGGAGGGGGGCGGGGCGGGUUAGGGCCGCCCGUCGCACACUUCUGACGUCACCAGCCCUCGUCGGGGUAGCUGAGGACCCCGUGGAAAAAAUCAUGGCGGCGUCAGUCCCGCAGCCGCCUCCUCAGGCCGUGAGCGGGAAGCGCAAAAGCAAAGCUCAGUACUUGCAAGCCAAGCGGGCUCGGCGUUGCGACGUCGGCGGUUCGCGGCAGCUGGAGCCGGGGUUGCAAGGCAUUCUUAUCACCUGCAACAUGAACGAGCGCAAGUGCGUGGAGGAGGCAUACAGUCUGCUCAACGAAUACGGUGACGACCUGUAUGGGCCUGAAAAGUUUGUAGAAAAGGAUCAGCAGCCCUCUGGAAGUGAGGAAGAUGAUGAUGAUGAUGAUGAUGUGGAGUCUGCCUUGAAGAAAGAAGUUGGAGAUAUAAAGGCUUCUACAGAGAUGAGGCUAAGAAGAUUCCAGUCAGUGGAGAGUGGAGCAAAUAAUGUAGUCUUCAUCAGGACACUUGGGAUAGAGCCAGAGAAACUGGUACAUCAUAUUCUCGAGGAUAUGUAUAAAACCAAGAAAAAGAAGACUCGAGUUAUUCUACGAAUGUUACCAAUUUCAGGCACCUGCAAAGCUUUCUUAGAAGAUAUGAAAAAAUACGCAGAAACAUUUUUGGAACCCUGGUUUAAAGCUCCAAAUAAAGGGACAUUUCAAAUUGUAUACAAGUCCAGAAACAAUGGUCACAUGAAUAGAGAAGAAGUUAUCAAAGAAUUGGCAGGAAUAGUGGCCAGCCUCAAUUCAGAAAAUAAAGUAGAUCUCACCAAUCCACAGUACACGGUGGUAGUAGAAAUUAUCAAAGCUGUCUGUUGCUUGAGUGUUGUGAAGGAUUACAUGCUGUUCAGAAAAUACAAUCUUCAGGAGGUGGUGAAGAGUGCUAAAGACCCAUCACAGUGUCAUCCAAAGCUGGGAAAUGGGAAAGAAGUAAAAUUGCAGCCUGGCAGCAAAUUAAAUCAAAAUGAUGCAGCAGAAGGAAAUGGGAAGAAACAGGUGGUAUCAGAGGAUUGUGAAGAGCAAGGUCAGCCAAAACCAAGGUCUGAGAUAGAGGUACUAGUGAAGGAAGAAGGGGGUAAACCUGAGACUGCAAGUCAAAUCACAGAUGAAUCCAAGUCAAAUGAUAAUGACGUUUCAUAGACUUCAUUUUGUAUUGGAGACUCUCAGCUGGAAUUCUAUGAGAUUGCACUGGGGUUUCAUGUAAAAUUCUGGCAUAAAAUAGUCUGACUUU